UGCCUGAACGAAAACCCCCACACAUGAAGAUGAUAAUAAGAUAGUUCAAAUAAACUCAUUCUGCGAGCACUGGCAGCACUACAGAAAGCAGUGGCUGUUUCCGGUUUUGGCUUCAUAUCAGAACAGACACUGGAGCCUGUUCAAUGAGGUACAGAGGAGCUCAGAUCUGUCUCUGGGCUCAUGGCUCUGGCUGUCUGUCCCGCCUCUCGCUGCCUGGCAGGGCCACUUGGGUUCGAACCUACAGCGCCCACCCUCAGCCGGGCCCGCCGCCACCCACCACCACCCCCCCACCUCCUCCAGCUGGGAAGGGAGGAGCUGAGCUGGUGAAGGAGCGUGCUGUGGUUGCCUUACAGCAUGCGGGUGAGUUAGGUCGCCAGUGGGGUCAAAGGUCGGCUGAGACAGCCACUGCCACAGUCAACUACUGGUGGGGGAGGUACGAGGAAUUUGUGGGACUGAUCGAGGUCCGCAAUGCUCAGGCAAAGGUCACUGAGGCCGAGUCGGCGUUCAUGGUGUCCAGGGGGAUGGUGCGCGAGGCGCAUGGCAGCCUGGAGGCGCUGCAGGUCAGGCUGAAGGAGGUCAGAGACCGGCUGGACAGAGUCUCCAGGGAGGAGGCGCACUACCUGGAGCUGGCAACGCUGGAGCACAAACUGCUGCAGGAGGAGCGUCGCCUCCGGACAGCUUACGAGAGCGCGGAGGGCUCGGAGCGGGAGAAGUUCGCCCUGUUCUCCGCCGCCGUACGGGAGAGCCACGAGAAGGAGCGCACGAGAGCGGAGCGCACCAAGAACUGGUCCAUCAUCGGCUCGGUGCUGGGAGCCCUGAUCGGGGUCAUGGGGUCGACGUACAUCAACCGCGUCCGCCUGCAGGAGCUGCGCUCGCUGCUGCUGGAGGCUCAGAAGGGUCCGGAGAGUCUGCAGGAGGCCCUCAGGGUCCAGGCGGGGAACCACCGCACCCAGCAGGCCGAGCUGCAGGCGCUCAUCGACGGCCUGAGGCUGGCCCUGAGCGAGGCCUUCCUCCAGAAGAGCGCCGCCCCGCAGGACCAGGACGGCGGCGCCGCGGCCGAGCCGCCCGCCGUGCCGCUCUCCGCCUUAAACGACCUCCGCAGGACGGAGUCGCUGCUGGAGGCCCUGCCCCCACAGCUGGGGCAUCUGGAGCAGGGCAUCGGCCGAGUGGAGGGGGAGCUGUCCGCAGUGAGGAAGCUGCUGGAGAGCCGGCCGCCGGAGGCCGCUGCCGCCACCGCCUCGGACGCCACCGCCGCCCUGCUGCCGUCAGAACCGGCAGAGCGAGCGGAUCGCUGGGAUUCGGAGGGGCUGCUGAGACGCCUGGAGGACACCCAGAGGACUCUGGGAGAGCGGAUCAGGACAAACACGCUUUACAACGCCGCGUUCGCCUACAGCGCCACCGCCGUCACCGUCGGCGCCGUGUACCUGCUGCUGAGAGGCGCCGCCGGGUAGAGGAGUCUGCUGCACUGGGAACAACAGGGAUCAAUAGUCUUAUCUAAUAAUCGCCUAAAUGAUUUAGUGUUUUUCUAAUUAAGCGGCUGCAGGCGUCGAUUUGCUGCUCCGCCACUGAACCUCACAUCCUCCGGUCACCGAGUCUGAAUCCUGUAAAUCCUCUGAUCUCUCCAUGGAUGUCUGAGUUCACUGAUGGAGGAAAAACAAACAGCAAACAAAAAAAACUGAAGUUUUUCCUCCUAAAGAUGAACUGAUGUGUUUUAAAGAGGUUUUUUUGACAUCUUUUAAGAUCAACGAACCCUUUGAUGAUUGAGUUUAUUAAUUAGAAGUAAUAAAAUGCAGCUGCUGAUACAGCUUUGAUGAAAAACCUCUUACAAUAGUCAUGUGAAUAUUGUUAACAAUGUGAAUGCGUUAUGAGAACUGACAUCAGAGCAAACCUGAUUCCACAAAUAUCAAUAUUCUGGUAUUGAUCUGCACUGUUGGGGUAAUAAGGAAGUAAACAACCACUGAUUAAAAAAACAAC